AUGACAUGUCAACGACAAAAUCUUGACAUGGGCGAAAGUCCUGAUCGUGAUCGCAGGUAUAAUAAUCUGAGUUGGGAGCAAGUUAAGAGCCUGGAUCACGUGCUGACAGAAGUGAUACCUAUUCAUGGAAGAGGUAAUUUUCCAACUCUAGAGGUGAAACCAAAAGACAUAAUUCAUGUCGUGAAAGAUCGCCUGGAAGAGAAAGGGAUUACAGUCCGUGAUAUUCGUCUCAAUGGCUCAACAGCAAGUCACAUCCUUGUGAAGCAAAAUGGAACCCGCUACAAAGACCUUGACAUUAUUUUUGGAGUAGAGUUACCCGGAGAAGAAGAGUUUCAGGUUGUGAAGAGGGUGGUUUUAGAUUGCCUUCUAGACUUCCUACCUCAAGGAGUGAAUACGAAAAAGAUCACAAGACUUACGUUAAAAGAGGCAUACGUUCAGAAAAUGGUCAAGGUUUCCAAUGAUUACGAUCGAUGGAGUCUCAUCUCUUUGUCAAAUAAUAGCGGGAAAAACGUUGAGCUAAAAUUUGUCAAUUCAUUAAGGCGGCAAUUUGAAUUUAGUGUCGACUCUUUCCAAAUAAUUCUGGACUCACUGCUGCUUCUCUUCAAUUGUUCUGAAGGUGCAAUGACAGAAGAAUCCCACCCAGAGGUGGUAGCAGAGAGCAUGUAUGGAGACUUUGAAGAAGCAAUGGAUCACCUAAAGUAUAAGCUAAUUGCAACAAGAAACCCAGAAGAAAUUCGCGGUGGUGGCUUGCUGAAAUACAGCAACCUCUUAGUUCGAGAAUUCAAACCAGCAUCUGAUGUAGAGAUCAAAAGCUUAGAGCGUUACAUGUGCUCAAGAUUUUUCAUUGACUUUCCAGACGUAUCUGAACAACAAAGGAAAAUUGAGUCCUAUCUGCAAUACCAUUUUAUUGGAGAAGAGAAAAGCAAGUAUGAUUACUUGAUGACUUUGCGUCGAAUUGUGAAUCAAAGCACAGUUUGCUUGAUGGGCCAUGAGAGAAGACAAACAUUGAAUAUGAUCACUCUUUUGGCUCUGAGAGUGCUUGGGGAGCAGAACAUCAUUCCAAAUGCUGCCAAUGUCACCUGCUUCUACCAGCCUGCACCUUACGUCAGUGACCGAAACUUCAGCAAUUAUUAUAUUGCACAAGGACAGCCACAAGUUCUGUUUCAGCCCUACCCACUACACAUCCAUAUGCAGCCUGGUCUUGUUUAGUACUACUGAGAAUGCACAUCUCAGAUUUUUAAACAAGACAUGUGUUUCGAGAUCCCCAGAGAUCUGAUGAAAGAAGCAGAUUGGAACUUAAUGAAUAAGCUGCUGUUUGCCAGUCAGAUCAGCUGUUCAGAUGUAUGCCCUAGUGAGGUAACUCACUUUUAAAUUGAUCUGCAAAUAAGAAAUGACCAAGUUGUCGGUGUGCCAUUUAGUUUCCAUAUGUAUUUAGUCAGCAAAGAUGAUCUCAGAACUGUGUAAACACUGACAUAUCUUUUAGCGUAGGGGGCAUAAAAGACAUUAAAAAGUUAAAAGUAAUGUAGAUGUAAUUAGUGUCACCAGAUGAAGUUGGAUAGUGUGAACGAUAAGCACUGUCUACUCAUGCUUUUGUGAUCAUAGUUAGAACUGAAAGUCACAUUCCUUAUUGAAGGCAUAAAACAAAGUUAAUCUGCUGUCAGGAUCUCACGUAGCAUAAUAAAACAACAAUUUAUAUUUAAAUUGUUCUGGAAACAUAACAGUUAAUUGCAACUAGAAAUGCAUGGGGAAAACAUUUUUGAAGUGUUUAAAUGAUUCUGUGACAAAGAAACAUUCAUUGACCAAAGAUUGUUUUGUAAAUAAUAUGUCACACAAGUGCCUAAACUGUGCAGAUAGAGUUAAUUAAA